AUGGCGCAUGAGGACUUUGGCGACCUGGAAUACCUGGACCCCCAUGUGGACAUAUUCUCUCUGUUUCAGCCUGCAUACUACCUGCAGCACUAUUCGCGGCUGUACUUCAGCGACCAGCUGGGAGCGGCGAGCGUGGAGUGGAGCAGCAAGCGCAUGACGCUGUGCGCCGGCACGUGCCAGCUGCACGGCAACGGCGGAGGCGUCGUAAUCAAGCUCAGCGAGCCGCUGCUGCAGUUCCGCCCGCUGCGCGACCUGAAGGACACGCUGCUGCACGAGAUGAUCCACGCGCUGCUCUUCCUGGACGGGCGCUGGCGCCAGGACGGGGACCACGGACCCCUCUUCAAAUCUUACGCCAAGGCCAUCAACGAGGCCACUUGUCCAGACCACCAGCGGCCAGUGGGCGGUUACAACGUCACUGUAUACCACACGAUGCACGCGGAGGUGGACGAGCACCGCAAGCACAGGUGGACGUGCCAGCGCUGCGGCAACACCAUCAAGCGCGCUAUGAACAGGCCGCCGCAGCCCGCGGACUGCGUCACCACGCGCGGCAAGGGCGAGGUGCCCUGCGGUGACACGCGCUGCUCCCACUGCAUGCAUGCCCGACACUGCGGGGGCCAGUACGACAAGGUGAUGGAGCCGGAGGGCUACUCCAGCAAGGGCGGCAAAGGCAGGGCAAAGAAGGGCACAGCGGGCGCAGAGCAGCAGCAGCCGCCCGGCAGCGGCACCAGCGGCGGUGGACACAAGCUGGGCGGCGGCGGCGGCGACGGCAACGGCAGAGGGGACAACGGUUCAGCUGGCGGCAGCGGCGAGCGCGGCAGCGAUGAGCCGGCCCUAGGCUCUGGCCAAGGCAGCAGCAGCGUCGGUGGCGACGGGCCGCCGCCGGCGCAGCUUGAGCGCGCAGCAGGAGGCUCGGAAGCCCCCAACAUGGGAGACCCCGAGGACGAGCAGGCGGCCCCGUUGUCGGCGGCCGAGCUGCGCCAGCGGGCCCUGGACGCGGCGCUGGCGCGCAUGCAGCGGGCGCAGGGCCGCAGGGCGGGGCCGCAGCAGGGCGGCGUGACGCGCUCCCGCUACUCGCCCGACCUGCAUUUCGAGGACCCGAUCACGCGGCUGGACGGGCUCGAUGCGUACAUACUGAUGGUCAGGGCCAUCAAAACUGCCUUCAAGGUGACGUUUGACCUGCACACCCUGGACGUCACCGGUCCCGACGAGAUCUCAGCCAGGCGAGUUGACCCCACCAGCGGCCUGAUCACGAGCCACGUUGACACCUGGGACGCAGUGACCAACAACUCGUUCCCCUCUGCAGAAGGCAUCGCGCUCGUCGUCAAGCAGAUCCCAACCAUCUUGCCGCUGCUGGAUCAUCACCUGGGGCUGACCAACCAGUUUACGUCCUCGUAA